AGCCACCAGUUCCCAUUGCUCCACCUCAGCUGUCCUCAGUUGGUGCAACUUACCUGUGGAUACAGUUGAAUGCCAAUUCCAUCAAUGGGGAUGGGCCCAUUAUUCAAAGAGAAGUUGAGUAUCGAACUUCAAGUGGAAGCUGGUAUGACAUACAACCUGUGGACUCCACAAGCUAUAAGAUUGGGCACCUGGAUCCUGAUACAGAAUAUGAAAUCAGUGUAUUGCUUACAAGACCAGGUGAAGGAGGAACUGGAUCUCCCGGCCCAGCUCUCAAAACAAGAACAAAAUGUGCUGAUCCUAUGCGUGGACCACGAAAACUAGAGGUUGUGGAGAUCAAAUCUAGACAAAUCACUAUCUGCUGGGAACCAUUUGGAUACAAUGUCACACGUUGCCAUAGGUACAACCUCACAGUCCAUUACCGUUACCAGGCUGGAGGACAAGAGCAAGUGAGAGAAGAAGUAAGCUGGGAUACAGAAAGUUCACACCCCCAGCACACAAUUACUAAUCUAUCACCAUACACAAAUGUCAGCAUCAAAUUAGUAUUAAUGAAUCCUGAAGGACGAAAAGAAAGCCAAGAACUUGUAGUUCAAACUGAUGAAGAUGUUCCUAGUGCUGUGCCACUUGAAUCCAUUCAAGGGAGUACCUUUGAAGAGAAGAUUUUUCUUCAGUGGAGAGAGCCUGCGCAAACAUAUGGUGUGAUUACUUUGUAUGAGAUCACCUACAAAGCAGUCAGUUCCUUUGACCCAGAAAUAGAUUUAUCCAAUCAAAGUGGACGAGUCUCAAAGCUAGGAAAUGAAACACACUAUCUCUUUUUUGGACUGUAUCCUGGUACUACCUACUCUUUUACCAUCAGAGCCAGCACAGCUAAAGGCUUCGGACCUCCAAUCACAAAUCAGUUCACCACUAAAAUAUCAGCACCCUCUAUGCCACCAUAUGAACUUGAAACACCUUUGAAUCAAACUGACAGCACUGUGACAGUCUUGCUGAAACCUGCACAGAGCAGAGGCGCUCCUGUCAGUGUCUAUCAAAUAGUUGUUGAAGAAGAACGCCCACGGAGGACCAAAAAGACAACUGAAAUCUUGAAGUGCUACCCAGUGCCUAUUCAUUUCCAGAAUGCCUCGCUUUUGAAUUCCCAGUACUACUUUGCUGCAGAAUUCCCAGCCAAUGGCUUACAAGCUGCUCAGCCUUUUACUAUUGGUGAUAACAAAACCUACAGUGGUUUCUGGAACACUCCUCUUCUUCCUCAUAAGAGCUACAGCAUCUAUUUUCAAGCUGCUAGCAGGGCCAAUGGGGAAACCAAAAUCGAUUGCGUCAGGGUGGCCACCAAAGCUGCGAUAAUCGUGACUCAGCUUACAACACCAUACAUUCGCAUCGCCCCUGCUGCAGGCGACGACCAACUAACAGGGGCUGCCACUCGAAAACCAGACCCAGAGCCUGAGAAGCAGACCGACCAUACUGUUAAAAUUGCUGGAGUCAUUGCAGGCAUCUUGCUGUUCGUCAUUAUAUUUCUGGGAGUCGUGCUGGUAAUGAAGAAAAGAAAAUUGGCUAAAAAGCGGAAAGAGACAUUGAGUAGUACACGGCAGGAAAUGACAGUGAUGGUGAAUUCAAUGGAUAAAAGCUACACUGAGCAAGGCACCAACUGCGACGAAGCUUUCUCUUUCAUGGACACGCACAAUCUAAAUGGGAGAUCUGUAUCUUCACCAUCUUCAUUUACAAUGAAAACUAACACAUUGAGCACAACAGUACCUAAUUCUUAUUACCCAGAUCCAUUUGUGCCAACUGCAAUUUUAGAUGAAACCCAUACGAUGGUCAGUGACACAAGCAGCCUGGUCCAAUCCCAUACCUACAAGAAGCGAGAUCCAGUGGAUGUGCCCUACCAGACUGGACAGCUCCAUCCAGCCAUCCGCGUAGCUGACUUGCUGCAGCACAUCACCCAGAUGAAGUGUGCAGAAGGCUAUGGAUUUAAAGAGGAGUAUGAAAGUUUCUUUGAAGGACAGUCUGCACCGUGGGAUUCAGCUAAGAAAGAUGAGAACAGAAUGAAAAAUAGAUACGGGAAUAUCAUUGCAUAUGAUCAUUCUCGAGUGAGAUUGCAGCCAAUUGAAGGAGAAACAAGUUCCGAUUACAUCAAUGGAAAUUAUAUUGAUGGUUAUCACAGACCAAAUCACUACAUUGCUACACAAGGACCAAUGCAAGAGACAAUAUAUGACUUCUGGAGAAUGGUAUGGCAUGAAAACACAGCCAGCAUAAUCAUGGUUACUAAUCUCGUGGAAGUGGGAAGGGUCAAAUGCUGCAAAUACUGGCCAGAUGACACAGAGAUAUAUAAAGACAUUAAAGUUACUCUAAUAGAAACAGAGCUCCUGGCUGAAUAUGUGAUUCGAACAUUUGCUGUAGAAAAGAGAGGUGCUCAUGAGAUUCGAGAAAUUCGUCAGUUUCACUUCACUGGCUGGCCAGACCACGGUGUACCGUACCAUGCCACAGGCCUGCUGGGCUUUGUACGGCAGGUCAAAUCCAAGAGCCCACCAAAUGCUGGCCCUCUGGUUGUUCACUGCAGUGCUGGUGCUGGCAGAACUGGAUGCUUCAUUGUUAUUGACAUCAUGCUAGAUAUGGCAGAAAGAGAAGGUGUUGUAGACAUAUACAAUUGCGUGAGAGAGCUUCGAUCACGGAGAGUUAACAUGGUGCAGACCGAGGAACAGUAUGUAUUCAUCCAUGAUGCUAUCCUGGAAGCUUGUCUUUGUGGGGACACAUCUAUUCCAGCUUCUCAAGUUAGGUCUGCUUACUAUGAAAUGAAUAAACUGGAUCCUCAAACGAACUCCAGCCAAAUCAAAGAGGAAUUUAGGACUUUAAAUAUGGUGACUCCGACACUGCGUGUAGAAGACUGCAGCAUAGCACUUCUACCACGAAAUCAUGAAAAGAAUCGUUGUAUGGAUGUUCUGCCUCCAGACAGAUGCCUGCCUUUCCUCAUAACGAUAGAUGGGGAGAGCAGUAACUACAUCAAUGCUGCACUGAUGGAUAGCUACAAGCAACCGUCAGCUUUUAUAGUUACACAGCAUCCCUUACCAAAUACUGUCAAAGAUUUCUGGAGACUGGUCCUAGAUUAUCACUGCACUUCAAUAGUUAUGCUGAACGAUGUGGAUCCUGCACAACUAUGUCCUCAGUACUGGCCAGAAAAUGGAGUACACCGACAUGGUCCUAUUCAGGUGGAGUUUGUGUCAGCUGAUUUAGAAGAAGACAUAAUCAGCCGGAUAUUCCGAAUUUAUAAUGCAGCCAGACCCCAAGAUGGCUAUCGCAUGGUGCAGCAGUUCCAGUUCCUGGGAUGGCCCAUGUACAGAGACACUCCAGUUUCUAAACGCUCCUUCUUGAAGCUCAUCCGCCAAGUGGAUAAGUGGCAGGAAGAAUACAACGGGGGAGAGGGACGCACAGUUGUACAUUGCUUGAAUGGAGGUGGCCGCAGUGGGACAUUUUGUGCAAUCAGUAUUGUUUGUGAAAUGCUUCGACAUCAGAGGGCUGUUGAUGUAUUCCAUGCUGUGAAGACACUGAGGAAUAAUAAGCCUAACAUGGUGGACCUUCUGGAUCAAUACAAAUUCUGCUAUGAAGUGGCUUUGGAAUACUUGAAUUCUGGAUGAUUGUAUAAACAGCACAGACAAAGUUCCUCCUUUCACCACCACAAACAAAGCAAGUUGCUUCAUGAUAUCUGUCUAAAUGAGAUGAAGACUUCUCAGUGUUAUGCUUAUACUGCUUUGUAUAAUUGGCUCUUUUUAAGAGCCCAAAGAGAUGUUUAUAAAACUGCUUGCACUGCCCGUUUUCCACUAUAAUGCCGCUGCUUGGCACCCAUAUGAACGUACACCAAACCACAUGGCAGUUGUUGAACACCGUAUUCAUACAUAGCCAUUGAUGUGGUGAAGCAGCAUAGUCCUCUGGUAAAUAAGAGAGCACAAUUAUAUUCUUAUGAAGGAAUUUGUACUUUUCUGUUAUAUUUCGUUGCCCGUGAUUCUCAGUUAUUGUCACAGCCUAGUGUACAUUUCUGUUCUGUGGAGAAUGCUGUCUGGCAUUUUGAUAAUAUAUGAUUUUAGUUAUAUUUGUAUUCUAACACGUGCAUAAUAAAUUAAUCAUAUGUAGCUUAUCUGAACUAACAGAAAGACAUGUACCAAAUCAUGUUAACUUUGUUGAGUUGUAAUUUCUAUCCACUUUGUACCAUUUCAGAGAGAGAAGCUUGAUAGAAAUACAGUUGGAAAAUGCAAAAUACAGGAUGCUCAGAUUAAUAUAUCCAAAGCUUUUUCAUUUGUUUAUAUUGUAAAUAUUUUUUGAUUUCAUCAAAUUAUUUAUUCAUUAAAAUGAUUUUUUUUGUGAAGCACAGUGAGUGACAAUCAUUUUUAUUAAGCCCUGGAAAUGCUUACUGUAUGAUAGUGUAAACAUUUGUUUACCUUGUAUGGAUUCUCAGCUCAAUAAAUAAUUACAUACAUGAUAAAA